AUGGAUGCUACGAAGUGGACUCAGGGUUUUCAAGAAAUGAUAAACGUAAAACCAAUGGAGCAAAUGAUUUCUAGCACCAACAAUAAUACAUCGCAACAACAACCAACAUUCAUCGCCACCAACGCAAGGCCAAACGCCACCGCAUCCAAUGGUGGCUCCGGCGGAAAUAACAACAACACGGCUACCACGAUGGAAACUAGAAAGGCGAGGCCACUAGAGAAAGUAAACUGUCCAAGAUGCAACUCAACAAACACAAAGUUCUGUUAUUACAACAACUACAGUCUCACACAACCAAGAUACUUCUGCAAAGGUUGUCGAAGGUAUUGGACCGAAGGUGGCUCUCUUCGUAACGUCCCUGUCGGAGGUAGCUCAAGAAAGAACAAGAGAUCCUCUACACCUUUAGCUUCACCUUCUAAUCCCAAGCUUCCAGAUCUAAACCCACCGAUUCUUUUCUCAAGCCAAAUCCCUAAUAAGUCAAAAGAUCUCAACUUGCUGUCUUUCCCGGUCAUGCAAGAUCAUCAUCAUCAUGCUCUUGAGCUUCUAAGAUCCAAUGGAGUCUCUUCAAGAGGCAUGAACACGUUCUUGCCUGGUCAAAUGAUGGAUUCAAACUCAGUCCUUUACUCAUCUUUAGGGUUUCCAACAAUGCCUGAUUACAAACAGAGUAAUAAUAACCUUUCAUUCUCCAUUGAUCAUCAUCAAGGGAUUGGACAUAACACCAUCAACAGUAACCAAAGAGCUCAAGAUAACAAUGAUGACAUGAACGGAGCAAGUAGGGUUUUGUUCCCUUUUUCAGACAUGAAAGAGCUUUCAAGCACAACCCAAGAGAAGAGUCAUGGUAAUAAUACAUAUUGGAGUGGGAUGUUCAGUAAUACAGGAGGAUCUUCGUGGUGAAAAAAGAUUUAUUAGUAUCAAAUAGAGUACUCUAUGUUCAUGAGGAGUGUUAAGGGGUGUGAGGGUAGAAGAAUAAGUGAAUACGAGGGCUUCGUGUGUAAUCAGUGAGAUCUGUAUUCAUCAUUUCUUCUAUUUUAGAGGUGUUUCUGUAAUUUAUUCAUCUUUAUAUCUAAUCAUAAUCCGAUUGAUAUUUAAAUUGUGUAAACCCUAAGCUUGAAUACAUUGUUUGUGUUGAG